AUUUGUAACUGAGCAACAGACCAAAGUCCCUUGGAGGAAGAAAGAUGAAAGUAACUAGAUCUAGCUGAUUAGAUCCCUCCCAGUCAAAGAGGCACAUGCUGAGUAGCAGAGAGUGUUAUGAGCAUUUGGAGUUUAAGCUCCCAGUAGACUCAGUAGGAAGAGAGCGUUACGAUGGGCCCGGUUGUGCUCCUGGUGCUCUGUCUCUCCUGUUUGCUUCUCCUGUCACUGUGGAUACAGAGCUCUGGAAGAAGGAAACUUCCACCUGGCCCUACUCCUCUUCCAAUUAUUGGAAACUUACUCCAGCUAGAUGUGAAGAACAUCAGCAAGUCCUUAAGCAAUAAAGGAGUGGGAGAAAAAAACAUUGUUGACUCGUUGCCUUACACGGGGUUCCUGACCUGGGCAGCCUGCAACCGAGCAUCACCCUGUGAUCCCACUUUUAUCCUGGGCUGUGCUCCCUGCAAUGUGAUCUGCUCCAUUAUCUUCCAGAAUCGUUUUGAUUAUAAAGAUAAAGUUUUUCUAAACAUAAUGGAAAGGUUUAAUGAAAAUAUCAAGAUUCUGAGCUCUCCAUGGAUUCAGAUCUACAACAAUUGCCCUGCUCUCCUGGACUAUUUCCCAGGGAGUCAAAACAAAAUAUUUAAAAAUGUUGAUUUUAUGAAAAGUUAUGUUACAGAGAAAACAAAGGAACAUCAAGCAUCCCUGGACAUUCACAAUCCUCGGGACUUCAUUGAUUAUUUCCUGAUCAAAAUGGAGCAGGUAAAGUGUUAACAAGCACUCAGUUAUUUGACUGCUUG